AGUUAACCCUAUUACCGGAGAGGGUAUUCCAAGACUCGUUACUCUAAUCCCUGGCGAUGGGAUCGGCCCUUUGGUGACCGGCGCCGUUGAACAGGUCUUCGAGGCAAUGCGUGCGCCGGUUACCUUCGAGAAAUUUGAAGUUCAUGGCGACAUGAACACGAUACCCGAUGAUGUUAUGGCUUCGAUUAAGAAGAAUAGAGUUUGUUUGAAGGGCGGAUUGAUUACGCCGGUGGGCGGAGGGGUUAAUUCGUUGAAUCUUCUGUUGAGGAAAGAACUGGAUUUGUAUGUCUCGCUUGUGAGCUGUUUUAAUUUGCCUGGGUUGCCUUCUAGGCAUGAAAACGUCGAUAUCGUGGUGAUAAGGGAGAACACGGAGGGGGAGUAUUCGGGUUUGGAGCAUGAGGUUGUUCCUGGUGUCGUUGAAAGUCUUAAGGUGAUAACAAAGUUCUGCUCUGAACGCAUAGCACAGUAUGCUUUUGAAUAUGCUCAUCUCAACAACAGAAAGACUGUAACAGCUGUUCAUAAAGCAAACAUCAUGAAGCUUGCAGAUGGUCUUUUCUUGGAAUCUUGUAGGGAGAUUUCUAAAAGAUAUCCCAACAUCAAAUACAACGAAAUCAUUGUUGAUAAUUGCUGCAUGCAACUUGUUUCAAAGCCUGAUCAAUUCGAUGUCAUGGUGACUCCUAACCUUUAUGGCAACCUAGUUGCAAACACUGCAGCUGGAAUUGCUGGUGGGACGGGUGUCAUGCCAGGAGGAAAUGUUGGAACUGAGUAUGCAAUCUUUGAGCAAGACUUCUUCGAUCUCAACCUCUUUGGAUCUGCAGAAAUGAUGGAGGUGGUGGAGUCGGGUUUCGGGGUUACCCGAGGCGAAGGUUUUGAUGAUGAAAGGGGAUAA